CCAUCACCACAGUAUUUAAUUGACCUCGACGACGUGCCUGUGGAAAACGUUACAUGGCCCAAUAAUCGAUUACUCGACCUUGACGGCCUCGAAGGCCCGAGUAGGCCGAGGCAUUCCUACGACGACGGAAUAGGCUGGGCUUGGACCCCCGAUUACUGCACGUCAACUCUGUCGACCAUGGACGCUGCCGCGAACCGAAGGUCAAUGCUGCCCGUCAUUCAGACGACAGAUCAUGGAGAGCCGCACAGCACAAGCAAAAGCCCGGCGGCAGAGCUCCGCAGCGUCUCGACACCGGCUUUGGGCGGCAAGAAGCGUAGUUUCUUAGCAAAGACCUUCAGGAAGGUCAGCAGCAGUUCGUCGUCGACCGACGUCGCCUCCAUGUCUGAGGAAGCCUCGAGUGGCCUCCAUAUGAAGAGUAAACGGGUCCUUCACAAGAACAACGGAUCCGGCGGCUCCAAUUCCUCCUCCAUUUUCUAUCGCCUCAACCGUCGAGCUUCCAAGGACUCUUCCGCGAGCUCGCACAUGUCCGAGGAAACACCCAACUAUCUCAGCCCUCAGCCGCCAGCGCCUACCCCUAUCAAGAUUCUCAAACAUGGAGCCUUGAAGACUGAUAGUCGUUUGUGGAAAUCGCGAUCCGAAUAUGUCGUCUUAACUGAUGGGCACCUCAUCAAAUUCAGCAGUGUCGAGGCAGCGAGGGCGACCUUUGCCGAACUGGCACCGCCGUCUCAGCGCCUAAAGAGAUCGUCGACGUCUUCCUCUUUAAGUCAGGAUGGGACGCACUCUGAUGGUCGGGUUGAAAUCCCACUGAGUAGGAUCGUCAACAUCUUCAACGAAGAGGGUGUGAGCCCUCACUUUGGGCUGGAUGUCUGGUGGUCCGAGAUUGCGCCAAUGGUAUCUUGGGCUUGCACAAAACUAUUCUUUGGAAUGCCUACUGAGCGCGACGAUUGGAUGUCGGAGAUUCGCCAUGCUAUUCGUGAGUCUGUCGGCUCAACCGUUGUGCCAAAGGGACUCGUCGCCCCCAAUGUCGAAUCCGCCAUUUACGCCAUCGUUGCUACACAAGAGCCAGCAUGCCAUGGCUGCCCAUUGGAUAUCUUCCCAGUCGUCCAACGCACCACCCUCCUCAGUACCAAAGCCGAGAACAUUGAAAAUGCCAAAAAGUCUCGAGACGGAUCAUCGUAUUACUUACUUCUCGGCCAGAACAAAUGCUAUCUUGUGCGAGUUGCAAGGACUUCCGUGUACAAAGCUCCGCAGGAUAUCGAGAUCAACACUGUAGUCUUUGGCUUGACAUCGUUGGUUCGGUUGAAAGCGACCAUGGUUCCGCACGAGGAGCGGUUCGUUCUUGGAUUCCGACUGCCUUGUGAGAAUGAGAAACGCCUCGAGCUUGCUAGUCGGUGGUACAGAGAGAUCGUUAUGACAUUUAUGAAGGCAGAUCGCGCUGUGAAGCCUGCUUGGCCUCAGCAUAUGCAAAGACACAUCUUCGACAUCAGGGGUCUCACGGCUCAAUUACUUCUUCCCACUGGUCAAGACUAUGGCGGACUUAAGCGCACCCUUGAGGCGUAUUGCGCCACGUUCCAGUGCAAGCCUCCCGAAUGGACUGUGAAUUGGAAGUGCGAACGCCGAGAACACUGCCCAGAAUUUCGACUCCUCCCUGCGAAGGAAACAGGUGGAUAUUCGGCACUCCAGCUUUUGGCUGUCUUCAAGGCCCUCCGCUUCAACGACUACUUCAAGGCUCUAUCGUUCCGUGACGUUGACUUCUCGCCACUCUGUGGUUUGACCGAUGUUCCGGGCUGGGAUGAGUCCGUGGCCGACGUUUCUCGCGAUGGACUUGUCAUUGAUCCCGUGCAUCGAGAUAUUAUCAAGACUGCACCAUUGUUAUCCCAGGAAAUCCAUGCGGUCGCCUUCACCUCUGGUUCUAUCCGUAAGAUAGACUUGACCAACGUCCUGGCAUCGCGCAACAUUGUCGGUGUUUCACGCGCUCGUGCAGGGACCAAGAAGGAUCCUGAGGUCGUUCGCCCUAUUCUUCUGCUCCUUAAAACUCGCAGUACUCCUUGUGAUACUCUGCUUGUUAGCGGUAACCCUCUGACGGCGGCUGAAGUUGACGAUCUAGUGGGCGUCCUCCAAAUUCCUGAUCUUUUCAAGGAGCUUGAUAUCUCUAGAUGCAAUCUUGAUGAGAGAAGCUUAGAGGAAGUCUGGGAUGCUUUACCCUCCCAGGGAUACAAGAUGGAAGCUCUCAACACCUCACGCAACAUUGGACAUGUGGACCAUAUGGCCGUUAAGCAGAAUCUAUCUCAUUUUUUCUGUCUACGAAAGCUCGGCAUCGCCGGAAACUGUCUCACUCAGGCCAAGGACACGAUCUUCUUCAACGAAACCAUCAUGGGAUGGGGUCUUGAGGAAUUGGAUCUCUCAAACAUCAACCUCAAUGACGCCACAUUGCAAGUCCUCGCAGAAUACUUGAAAUCUUCAGAAGCCAACGGUCUUCGCAGGCUUGACCUCAACAAUUGUGCCAUGACUGGUUCCCAAAUCGCCGCCCUAUUCCGUAGCAUGGGUGAAGGAAGAGUGAUGACUUGCUCUGUCAGCGGCAACUACCUCGAGAAAGGCACGGAAGAUUUGGCGUCUGCUAUUGUCGAAAACUUUGGGCCGACUUCUCUCUUCAUGGACAUGGUCGAGUUCCAAAAUGAAGAUAACUACAUCAAGCUCAUCAAAGCGCUAUCGCUCAACCGUACAAUUCGGCUGCUGAGUCUGGUAGGAACAUCGACUCCUGGGCAAGUCAGUGAGGACGCCUCUAUGGCCGUCUCAGAGUUCUUUGCCACAAAUGAGUCGGUUCAGUACCUCGACUUCUCAGGGUUUUCCGCCAAGCUCGAUGAGGGUCAACUCGGUCUUGGUUUUUCGCGGUCCCUCUCUGGACUCGCUGAGAACACGACAUUGCGUCACUUGCGAAUCCGGAACCAAAAGCUGAACUUGAACAUUGGCGAUCUGGCACACGCGAUCCAUCUCAACCAGACCCUUACAACGCUUGAUGUACAGGAGAACAACUUCAAUCUGUCCAACUUGUCCCACAUGGUCAGAUCUCUUGACCACAACAGCUCUAUUCAGGAGUUUUGCCCCUUUUCUCGGACUGAGCUCAGUCGGGCCAUCAAGUCAAGCGUCCAAAACGUCGGUAUGCCAACGAGCCAGCCCACCUCAUCCCGAGCCCGCCGCGCAUCCAAAGUCCUUACGAAGGCCACAUUCGACAACUUUGCAAUGGAGAUGGACAAGAACAACGCUCUCAUGGAAAACUUGAAGGAUGAGUGGAGCGUCAAGACGGCUCAGAUCGAACAUCUUCUUGAGAGAAACCGGACCUUGACUCUUGAAAAAGAGAUGGCACGUAUGCAGUGGGAUCCUCAGGAGGAAGGCCAGGAGGACUGGAUCGCCCUCGAGCUCGGCAGCGUUUUUGGGGGUCUUGCUGUCAAGGCCAUGAGGACCCGACGCAAGAUUAUGCAGCCUGGCUACCGUGGCAGUGUCUACUUUGGCGCAAGCACUCCGCCUCUGGAGGGAAUGGAAGAGUUCGGGGCCCUGGCACCUCCCCACCAUGUCACUCGUGAGGAAGUCAUGGAAAGCCCCGCCACAGAGGUCGCCAGCGGUUCAUCCGGCCUUCCGACACCUCCUGAAUGGGCGCCCACGGAGAGCCCUGUCAAAGAGUACUCUAUUGCGUCCAGCGCUCCACCGUCUCGCGAUGCACCUCGCAUCGUGGAUGAGAACGCGGACGAGUUCGACCUUUCUCUUCUGAAACAUAUGAUACAACAUGGAUUCAACCUCGACGAAUCGACGCAGGACCGGUCCCAGGACGUUGGCAGGAAAGCGGGGUCCUCAGUGUCGACCACGAGACUCGAAUGA